GGCACCAUGUUGCAACUGUACUUGUUGGAAUGUUACAAGGCAUUAAUAUUUCCUAUUGUGUCGCACUAAUAGUUUAUUUCUGGGACAUUGGAUCGGAUAUUCGUCUUGCUGUUAGCUACAAGGAAAAUGGAGACAUUGACUUGUUUUGGAUCACGUUGGCUUGUAUAGUUAUUCCACAUGUUCUGAUGGCCAUCGUUGAUGUAUCGUGGGUGUGGCUUGACAGAAAGAGGGGAAAGGCACAAACAUGUAGAAUAAUUCUGGGAUUUUUAACAUUAGGACGAGUUGUUCGUGCUUGCAACUAUAUUCACCAGAUAUACAAAGUAAAAUGUAUUCCAAAGAGCAACGACGGAGAAAUAAAUCGUGACGGAAGUACACGAAGAUGGCAUAAAGCGCGUGCUCGGGAAGAAAAGAGGGAUUGUUUCUUCUUAGACUUUAUUAACGCUUUCAUGGAAUCAGCGCCACAAUUGUUUGUCCAACUCUACUUAUAUUAUGCUUAUGAUUUAGAACUAACUUUUAUCAGAGUUAUAAAUCUGUUGUCAUCAUGGAUCAAGUAUUGCUUGGACGUUAUGCAGCAUAUUAUCGAAGCAAUAGAGAAGUUAUAG